AUGGUUGUGAGAGAGAUUGAGGAGCGUCAAUUGUUCCUUAUUGAAAGGGAAUCUUCAUCAAACCAGCCCGGCCUUACAAGUACAGUUGAGACCACAGGAGGUAUGUCAGGGGAGCACGAAGUUGGAGGACCAAAACCUACAUCUCCGAUCCAGGGUUCCUCGUACCCCAGCUCCAACCCUUGCAUACACCCCACAUCCAAAACACCACCAUCCAUGGCCAAGAUAUUCCCUGGUUGGAUCUCUAGACAGCACUUGCAUUUAUACUAUAUUCCACAUCUUCUCUCAUCACUCCAAUCUCAGAUGCAAGGGUCAGAAGGUUGGAUUUAUUCUAGUUAUUCAUGGUUCCUGGCAUCCAGUGAAAGUUUCCCGUCGCUCCACUUUCAGUUUUGCCUGGGAAUUUCCACCAUCUGUGGGAUUGUCCGGAACACCUGCGAGGCCCUGUGGGAUUGCCUUCUAGAAGACUUUUUCCCCCAACCAUCACCAGAACAUUGGCUCGACAUCGCAGAGAAGUUCCAGGAAGUCACACAGCUCCCAAACUGUGUUGGAGCCAUCGACGGGAAGCACAUCAGGAUCCAGAAGCCAGCGCACAAGGGGUCAGAGUAUUACAACUACAAGACGUUCUUCUCCACGAUACUUAUGGCCAUUGCGGAUGCGCAGUACAGAUUAAUUGCUGUGGGCAUCGGUUCAUAUGAAAGAACCACGACUCCCGUGUGUUCAAGACAUCUGCCAUGGGGAGGAGGAUCUACUCUGGUGAGAUGGGACUUCCUGAAGCAAGGGCCUUUCCUGGGACUGAUUGUUAGGGACGAGGCCUUCCAGAUGUGUGCCAAUUUGCUGAAGCCUUACUCCAGCCGAGGACUCGACGAACCCCAGCAGAUCUUCAACUACAGACUGUCCCGUGCCAGACUCUAUGUGGAGUGUGCCUUUGCAAUUUUUGCGAGCAAAUGGCGGCUCUUCACAUGGCCUUUCCAACUGCACCCGGACGUGGUUGAUCAGGUUGUUAAGGCAGCUGUUGUUCUCCACAACUUUGAACUAACCAAGGAGCCUCACCCCAGUGAUCCUAAAGAAGUGGAAGUAGUUCUGCCUGGACUAGAGCAAUCAUCAAGAAGAUCAACCCAGGCCGUCAUGAGUCUCCGAGAUGAUUUUGCACGGUAUUUCUUGACAGAAGCUGGCAGAGUGUCUUGGCAGGAUCGUAUGUUCUGAACUCUUUUGGACGCUUUAUUAUUAUUAUUAUUUUUUUUUUAAUUGAACUCCACUUUUCAUCAGAAACUGAUGUAAUUUGCCUGUUGUGUGUAAACUUUGCAUGCAGGAUUUUGGAGGGUGUAGAUUGUACGCUCCAGUGUCAGUCACACUGGGGUGGACAAUCUUCCACCUCCAUAAUCUUGCUAGCAAAGUGCUUAUGUAUACAUUGUUGGUUCUACACUUUGCUUGCAGGAUUUUGGAGGGUGUAGAUUGUGCACCCCAGUGUCAGUCACACAGGGGUGGACAAUCUUCCACCUCCAUAAUCUUGCUAGCAAAAUGCUUAUGUAUAUAUUGUUGGUUCUACACUUUGCUUGCAGGAUUUUGUAAGGUGUAGAUUGUGCGCCCCAGUGUCAGUCACACUGGGGCGGACAAUCUGCCACCUCCCCUAUCCAUGUAAUAUUUUCUUUCAAUAUAGUAGCGAUAUCUUCUACCAACCAACAUUUUGAAUAAAAGACUGUGGUAGAGGGUACCUCUAGUAUCCUGAAAGCAAACCCUAGUGAUUGUAAAAUAAAUACACAAAGUCAUUAUAUCUUGUGAAAAGAUAUGG